AAAUCACUGUCAAUCAUUUUUUAGAGGCGUGUCCUUAACCGUUGUGUCGUUAGGGAGAGCACAGCAGAAGUCAUCUCUCUCACUAGUGUCGCUCUUCCGUACGUCAACUGUUAAUAAAACAGCUAGUGGGUAAAAGACCGGCUUCAGGUGAUAUGGACGAACCUUCAGAACAAAUGAGGCCCCUUUUGAGAUCAGGUCUAGAUGAGGAGGCACUAGUUGACCACGGGAAGAGCAGCUUCUCCACUCACACAAGCUAUGAAAGGGAAGAUUUGGAAAGUCACAGAGCAGUGUACGUAGGCGUCCACGUUCCUCUGGGAAGGGAGGGCAAACGGAGGCAUCGUCACCGAGGACACAAACACCACCGAAAGAAGCGAGAGAGAGACUCUGAGGAGGGGAAGGAAGAUGGCAGGGAAUCCCCCACUUAUGACACACCAUCCCAGCGGGUCCAGUUCAUCCUGGGUACAGAGGACGACGACCUCGAGCACGUCCCCCAUGACCUCUUCACCGAGAUGGACGAGCUCUCCUUCAGAGAUGGCAGUGCCACUGAAUGGAAGGAGACCGCCAGAUGGCUGAAGUUUGAGGAGGAUGUGGAAGACGGUGGGGAGAGGUGGAGUAAGCCCUAUGUGGCUACGUUAUCACUACACAGCUUGUUUGAACUGCGCAGCUGCAUACUCAAUGGCACAGUCAUGCUGGAUAUGAGGGCCAACAGUAUAGAGGAAAUUGCAGACAUGCUGAUAGACAACAUGGUGGCGUCAGGCCAGCUGAGGGAGGAUUUGCGCGAAUACGUGCGGGAAGCCAUGCUGAAGAAACACCACCACCAGAACGAGCGAAAACUCAGCAAUCGCAUCCCUCUGGUGCGCUCCAUCGCUGACAUAGGCAAGAAACAUUCUGACCCACUGUUGCUUGAAAGAAACGGAGAGGGCCUGUCCUCUUCACACCUCUCUCUCCACAAGCCAGGGGCAGCCUCCUCUGUCUCCAACCUCUCCCAGAGACGCGAGUCCAGAGUCUCCGUCCUGCUCAACCAUCUCCUGCCUUCCUCUUCCUCCAACACCGGCCCCCCGCUCCUCACCACCCCUCAAACUACCCCCGCCGCCUCGCGGCGCUCCGCCAAAACCCACGGCGCAGGCCUCGGCCCUCAAGGCAUCCCCGAAGUGGUGGUAUCGCCUCCGGAGGACGACGAGCCACCACACUCUGCAGAAGAAGAAGUGUCCCCAGAGCUCAGCCGGCGAGCAUCCUCGGCAUCCCAGGGCUUCGAGAUGCUGCCCUUAGAAGGACCACUGGUGUCUCGGAACUCUGUCCCGAACAACCUGGAUGGGCAUAAGCCGAUGGAGAGGAGACCUUCGAAAGUAGGGGUCAGUAGAGAAAGCAGCAGUGUCGACUUCAGCAAGGUGGACAUGAAUUUCAUGAAAAAGAUUCCUCCGGGUGCCGAAGCCUCCAACGUACUGGUGGGAGAAGUGGACUUCCUGGAGAAGCCCAUAAUUGCCUUUGUACGGCUGUCCCCCGCGGUCCUGAUCACAGGCCUCACAGAGGUGCCGGUGCCCACGAGGUUUCUUUUCCUGCUUUUGGGUCCUCACGGCAAAGGGCCUCAGUACCAUGAGAUUGGCAGAUCCAUGGCCACACUAAUGACAGAUGAGAUUUUCCACGACGUGGCAUACAAGGCCAAAGACCGAACGGAUCUACUGUCGGGGAUAGACGAGUUCCUUGAUCAAGUGACUGUCCUGCCUCCUGGAGAAUGGGACCCUACGAUCCGGAUUGAGCCCCCCAAGAAUGUCCCCUCUCAGAUGAAGAGGAAGAGACCGUCCCAACCCAACGGCUCUGCGUCUCCAGCUGGAGAGCUGGAUAAGGAAGAGGACAACCACUCAGGGCCUGAGCUGCAGAGGACCGGGAGGAUAUUUGGAGGUCUGAUCAUGGACAUCAAGCGGAAGUUACCGUUCUACUGGAGCGACAUCAGAGACUCCUUCAGUCUGCAGUGUCUAGCCUCCGUCCUGUUCCUCUACUGCGCCUGCAUGUCCCCCGUCAUCACGUUUGGAGGUCUGCUCGGGGAGGCAACAAAAGGAAACAUAAGUGCCAUAGAGUCUCUGUUUGGGGCCUCGCUGACAGGCGUGGCGUACUCCCUCUUCUCAGGCCAGCCCCUCACUAUUCUCGGCAGCACGGGCCCCGUUUUAGUGUUUGAGAAGAUCCUCUUCAAGUUCUGCACUGACUACGGCCUGUCCUACCUGUCUCUGCGGACCAGCAUCGGUCUGUGGACGGCCUUCCUGUGUCUGGUCCUGGUGGCCACGGAUGCUAGCUCCCUGGUGUGCUACAUCACCCGAUUCACAGAGGAGGCCUUCGCCGCACUCAUCUGCAUCAUCUUCAUCUACGAGGCUCUGGAGAAGCUCUUUCACCUGGGAGAACACUACCCUGUCAACAUGCACAACGAAUUGGACAACCUCACCCUGUAUUCGUGUCAGUGCUCUCCGCCAGUCAACGCCACAGAUCAGGUCGUGCAGCACUGGAACCGGACAGGAUACAGCCCAGACUCCAUCCCAUGGGACAACCUCAAUGUUUCGAUGUGUAAGGAACUCCAUGGGGAGUUUGUGGGUGCUGCCUGCGGUCAUCAUGGGCCCUACAUCCCAGAUGUUCUCUUCUGGUCCAUCAUCCUCUUCUUCACCACCUUCUUCCUGUCCGCCUCUCUUAAGCAGUUCAAGACGGAGAGAUACUUUCCCACCAGGGUGCGAUCCACUAUCAGUGACUUCGCUGUGUUUAUAACCAUCAUGGUCAUGGUGUUGGUGGACUACCUGAUGGGGAUCCCUUCUCCUAAACUGAAUGUUCCUGACCGCUUUGAGCCGACUUCAAAAAACAGAGGCUGGCUGAUGGACCCGUUAGGAGAAAAUCCGUGGUGGACGCUGCUGGUGGCGGCGCUUCCUGCCCUGCUCUGCACCAUCCUCAUCUUUAUGGACCAGCAGAUCACUGCAGUCAUCAUCAACCGCAAGGAGCACAAGCUCAAGAAAGGCUGUGGCUAUCACCUGGAUUUGAUGGUAGUGGCGAUCAUGCUGGGCGUGUGCUCCAUUAUGGGCCUGCCGUGGUUCGUGGCUGCGACCGUCCUCUCCAUCUCCCACGUUAACAGCCUGAAGGUGGAGUCCGGCUGCUCCGCUCCGGGAGAGCAGCCCAAGUUCCUGGGCAUCCGGGAGCAGCGGGUCACCGGGUUCAUGAUCUUUGUCCUCAUGGGUUGUUCUGUUUUCAUGACAUCGGUGCUCAAGUUUAUUCCUAUGCCAGUCCUGUACGGAGUCUUCCUCUACAUGGGUGUCUCUUCCCUCAAAGGCAUUCAAUUCUUUGACAGAAUCAAGCUGUUCGGCAUGCCUUCCAAACACCAACCCGAUCUGAUCUAUCUGCGCUACGUCCCCCUGUGGAAGGUCCACAUCUUCACCCUGGUGCAGCUCACCUGUUUGGUGCUGCUCUGGGUCAUCAAGGCCUCUGCAGCGGCGGUUGUGUUUCCCAUGAUGGUUCUGGCGCUGGUCUUUAUCCGAAAGCUUCUAGACUUUUUCUUCACAAAGAGAGAAAUGAGCUGGCUGGAUGACUUGAUUCCGGAAAGCAAGAAGAAGAAAGAGGACGACAAGAAAAAGAAAGCACGAGAAAAGCUGGCUUCCAAUGCUGUUUUCAUUCAGGAGGAAGAGUCCAGACAAGAGGAAGAACAGGCGAUGGGGCUGAAGGUCAGCUUUGAAAGCUCCAACCGGCUCAGCAUCCCAGUGAAAGAGCUCUCGGGGAGUUCUGAUUCUGACCCCUUGAUUCUAAAUAUCUCUGAUGAAAUGGACAAAACGGCAAUGUGGAAAGCAGUGAACUCGAGUGCAGAGUCAUGUGUCCAACCUGUGAAGCGUAGUGAAAGCCAGGAGAAGGUGGCCUGCGUUAGAGUCGACGUCACCCCAGAAACACCGGGAGGGGGCUCCUCUACCGAGACCUUCCUGUGAUGAACGGAGGCUCUCCUCCCAUCUCUGUAACCUUCUCCCAAACACAACACUUCACCCACGCUGACCAGCACCAUCUUAGUGGUAAAAACUGGAGCAGCAACAACUUGCCCCGUCUUCUGGGGCAGCAGGCGAGCUCCGUUGGCGCAUUAAUGCACAAAACGGCUGCAAUGCAGAGCGCCACAUCUCCGAGGAAUGAAGGCCGUCACUGCCCACCGACGCUCACUGUUUAGGAAAUCAAAUCUAGCAAUUUGUCACGCAUUGAAACCCACAGAUGCCAAAGGAAAGGGGGCCUCGCUGGUGAGGAUCUUGGACUGUGUGAAUUAUACUUUUUAACCCACUGUAUAUUUUAAUUUCAAUGUUAUUGUUUUAGCGGAUUACAGUACUGUACAUGUUGGGUUUCUUUUGCAGCUCAUCCACCACGAGUUGCCCUGCACUGUUUUUGUUUCCAUGUAUUUUUUAGGUUGGAUUAAGACCCUUCACCUAACUACACCAGCUCAUUUGAUUAAAGCCAUUCAGGUACUUGUCAGUGCCAGCGGAUUCUGUUUCAUAUUUAGUAUGGCACGGUGAAUGACACAAAACCAAAACAAGAGGUACAUUCAGAUACACCACACUACAUACUGUAUAUGUUUUGUAGAAUUUUUGCUCAUGAAUUCAUCUCUCCUGUCUGCAGGGGAAACACUCAGUAUUGAUAUUGCUGCUCAUACUUUGGUCAGUUGUUUUCACUGUAAACCUCACUGUUCAUAUUGUAUGUGAUCUUAUAGAAAUAUCAUUAUGUAUGUAUGUAUGUAUGUACGUAAACUGUGUUAUUUUAAUUUGUAAACGUUAUAGACAACCUACUUCAGAGGCCAUAUGAAGUCUGUACUGUACAGUAAGCACUUUGCCAGUAUAGUUUCUUACCUAAAAAAAAUGGAUUAUAGUGUGUUAAUAAUAAUAAUAAUAAUAAUAAAGCGCUUACUUGUCCUCCCACCGUAUCUAUUAGAGCUGUUGUUCAAAUGUCCGUUAAACAACUCAGGAAUCUUGACUGAUUUCUGACUGUGGUCACUUGAUAUAUUUUUUUUCGUCACAAGGCGGCGAUAAUUAUCUGUCAACUGUAUUCAACGCUGGCAUCACAACUAUUUCAAUAAAUGCUGUACAUCAUAAAAUAUAGUAAGUUGCAAAAUGAAAAAAAAACAAAAAGAGAAUAUUUGUGACCCAGAUAGAUGCACCGGUUUUUAUACUGUAUGUAUUAUUGUUGGUAAUAGUGUGUGUGCGUGUGCGUGUGUGUGUGUGGUGUAAAGAUAAUUUGUUAAGCAAAUCAUUUUAUGCAAAAUAUUUCUACAGUAAAUGUAAAAUAACUAUUAUAUUCUAUGAAGUUGUUCUUAUUUUGCUAUAAGUGCAGUCCCGUUUUAGCAAUAAGUAUUCCAUACCGUGCGACGUAUGGACUCCUGAUGAAACCCUAGCUCUAAUAUUCAGGCAAAGGAUAAUUUGUGAACUGAUGUCUGUGUCUGUGUGUGGCUCCAGUGACUAUACGGGCGAUAGCUUACGUGCCUUGUCGAAGCUCUUCUUUAUGUGCAAGUCUUGUACUGAUGAUGUAAAUGUUCAGAACAGAUGUGCAGGUACAUACACGUGGUUGGCACGCAAUGCCAAAGACAGACUGUUGUUACUUUACAAGAGCAAAACCAGCUCGUUUGCAGAGGCUUCUGUCUGUCUGUCGUAGUGUUAUUCCACAUCUGUAGCCACCGACUCAAAAUGAUGUAAGUUAUCUUCCAUUUACAAACUCUUGAUCCUGUUUCCGUGUGUGUGUGUGUGUUCUGCUGUAACAGCUCUAGUAUUUGCUCACAUUUAAAAAGCUCUGUAAUCAAUAUUGAGGUACUGGCUUUUGUUUUUUAAAUGAUCAGUGAAUGUCAAAUUUAUUCUGCCGUCAACUUAAAAACAUCUAUUUUCUAAAAAUCUUAAAUUUCAGUUACAAGUAUUUCACAAAUUAUUUCCUUACACAUACGGACCAUUUGAUAUAAAAAAAAAAGUGGGAGUUGUCGAUCAGUGGAAUCGUCACAAUGAAUUGAAGAUCUUCCAACCAAGUACUUAUAAUUUAAUAAUAUUCUUUAUGAGGAAUAGCCUAUCCUUUUCAACAUAGAUAUAUCAGCUUAAAGAGGUGGAUCGACUAUGUCAACGACAAAAAUGUGGAGAUUUUCCCAUCAUCACUGAGUAAAUACUGCAUUUGUUCUGAUGUACAGACACAUUAACAUCAGCGAAGCACAUUAGCCUCCUGUUGUUAGCUCGAAUGAUGACUUUUCUGUCAUGACCGAUUGGUGCAAAGCAAUAAAAGUGAAUACAUGGUGA